AUGGAUUUACCAGACGUCAUCUUGUCCUAUCUUCGCUUACUUCUCUUACUUACAUGUAUAUUCAUUAAUCUUGGCUCAACUCAAGCGAAUGAGUCAAUCAGUACAUUCAAACGUGCAGAAAAAUCGGUGUGGUUGGACCACGAGAGAGUGCGUCGCAAUUCGAAUUAUCAAGGAUGCACUGGGAAUAAGAUGGGUUUUUCACUGGGUAAUAAGUGCUUCUACGACCACGCUUGUUUUGAGAUAUUUUCAGAUUGUUGUUCGGAUUACGUUUCGAAAUGCGGGCGACAGGAAUCGAAGGAGACUAUAAAGCAGUCUGCUUCGAUGUGGAAAUGUAUCGAAAUCUCUGGGAUGCCCUUGAGCGUGUACUGUGAUUUCGCAGGAGCAACUGGAAUUUGGAUGAUUUCUAAAUGUCCUGCAAACACCAGUUUUGUCAAGCUGAGGGGAAAAUGUGAAAAUGCCCCAUCGGAAUUCUCGUACCCCGUAGAGGACUUUAUUCCGGUAAUGGGAGCGAAUUCCCUUAUGUACCGGAAUAAACACUGCGCUUUGUGUAAUGGGUUGGUAAAUUAUACCGCAUGGAAUAUUAGAGUUACUGCAUACGUUAUACCCCCCGAGGAUUUUGACUUGGAUUCUAGGCUGAAGUUUAUCUUGGCGAAUGGGGGAUAUAUUAAUAGUGUUCCGCCCGGGGAGGGACAACCUCGAAGAUAUUGUUAUGGUAGAAAUUAUAUAGACAACUGCAGUUCAACAAACGAUACUUCUUACAAGGCUUGUGUUGAAGGCCCGAUUGAAGUCGUCACUAGUUUUGACUUUGCCUACUUUAAGAACACCGAAUGCGCGAUUUGUAAUGGGUAUCCUAACCUCUACAGAUGGGCAACAGGAAUGAAGUGCAGCCCCCCCGUAGAGUCAGAUGGAUUUUCGAUUGUUUUUAAGUUAAGAAACGCUGGUGGCCCAAAAACUACUGUUGUCUCCAAGUCAUGUCCUGAUGGAUCGGUUUAUGACACUACCCUAAAGUUCUGUCGCGUGGGAUAUUAUAUUAUUUCUUCAAGUCGACAACUAACCAACGAGUUUUUGAUAUUGUUAUGGUUAAAACAGCGUAAUGACAGCAGAGAAAUAAGUUGGAAGCUCGACGAUGAUUUCAAAUCAGCAUUAUCCCUAGCGAUAUCCUCUCAAUUUUCGCUUCUGCUCAAUCAAAUUUCAACAAUUACAUUCCAUCAGCAAUACAGAGCGAAUGAUUACUUCGUUGCAACCUUUCGGUUAACAUUGACGGCAUUCCAAAGCUUAAUAAUGGCAAACCAACACAAGAACGAUUUUAAUAUCACCCGUGAAAACACUGCAUUCUUUGGACUUUUAAAUUUUACAGGAAAUUUUACAGUAGAUUGGGAAGAAUACAGCUUCUCUGUUUUGAACGUGAUUUCAAAACAACUUUCGUGCUACGGGAAAAAGAAGUUUCAAUCACGUGAAUACAAAAUUGAUCGGGAAAAUGGAAGCGUCGUUGUUAGUAAAACGGGGGAAGUAUUUCUGCUCGGCGAUUAUACUUUAGUUGAAGAAAUUGGCGGAAAUAUUGCAUUAUGUCGUAAACUGAUCCUUUCAGAUUGCAAAGAAGGCGCAUACGUGCCGUUAACUCCUGACGAAUACGUGAUCUUUCCUAAUUUGACAGUUUAUCACAAAGCGACGAAUAGUACUUUCAAAUUUGGAGAGUAUCUAAUGAGUGAAAAAUUAAACAAAAGAAACAUCUCUAAUACAACUCAAAACUCGUGGAACUCAACAAUUUCUGUUUGUUUGCCGUUUAAAACUACUUUCACAAAAACCGAAACGAAAUACAAUACAAGUUAUGGACUGCGAAUUCUGACAAUAAUUGGUUUCAGUGUUUCAACACUUUGCCAUAUAUUACUUUUGAUCACCUAUGGAUUAUUUAAAGAAUUAAGAGCCGUUUCAGGAUUGAAUUUAAUGAACUUGAGUUUCUCAAUGUGUCUGUCACAAGUCAUAUGGUUGAUACGUACCGCUGAUUUUCAAGGAACAAUAUUUUGCGAAAUCUUAGCAAUACUGGAACACUAUCUUCUACACGUAUCCUUUUUGGCCAUGUCCAUCAUUUCGCAUCACACAUGUAAAGUUUUAUCGCAACCUUUCGUUGGGAGAACUGCCAACACAUCGUGGCGAAGGUUUAUCAAGUAUUCAUCAUUCCUGUGGCUAACUCCUGCCGUAUUUGUCGCAGUUUGUGUCGCCUUGGACAAAACUGAAGUGUUCCUGGUGGAUUAUGGAAUGAACUGUUGGUUGGGAACUGCAAAUGCUAAGCUGUAUUUAUUCUUAUCACCCCUGGCAGUAUUACUACUCUAUAAUAUCUACAAAUUUAUCCAAACAGCAGUCAGUCUAUCUCGUCACGCUAAGGACAGAGAGAUCUUACAACGCAAAGAAGGAAAACAGAAUCUUCUCAUCUGCACAAAACUUGCAACUUUGGUCGGUUUCCCCUGGCUGUUCGCAUUCAUUGGCGUGUUGUUUCCCGAUGUAGAAGCGUUCGACUAUUUGUUUGUUGUUUUUGUUUGUUUACAAGGAUUGUAUGUAGGAAUGGCGUUCCUGUUUAACAAGAAAACACUGAAACUGUAUAAGGGUCGAUGGAAUGUUGGCUCCAGAGGAAAUACACCUUCUCAUACCGGUACCAAACAAAGUUUUGAAUUGCAAGCAUUGCAGUCCAGUUCAACUGAUCCAAAAACUAUUUCUGUAUAA